AUGCCUAGUCCUACUUCUGACAGUAAUGAUUCUGAGAGUUAUGGAUUUCAAUUCUCACCUACUGAAACUACAAGUAGUAAUGAUAAUAUGAGUACAGCUGAUGAAGCUGUAAAGAAUGGUUUACCUUUACAAGAAGCUGUAACUAGUUCGCAUCCUAUUCCUCCUAUCUAUAGCGAAGAAGAUGAUGAUGAUAAUUUUGAUGAAUAUUACAAUGACAUCCCUACAGAGACUACCUUUAUUAAUGAUUUGGAAAAAGAUAAUAAUAAAUUUGAACUUAACCUGAAUAGUAAGAUGGUGACGAAGGAUGAACUAGCAAGUAAUAGAACGGCAGCAUCAGCUCAGUUAAGUCAAUGGACUUACAACAAUAAUAGAAAGACCCUAGACAGAUCUAUUUUACAAAUCAUCGAAUUAUUAGACUUUAUCAAGGAAGAAAACGAAUCUAGACCUAUACAUAUCCCUGAGGAUGACCCAAAAACAAUAAAAUUAAACGUCUUAAACCUACAAGUGAAAUUAGACGGUAAUUUUGAUACAAAUAAUAACAUUGAAUUGUCAAAAGAAGCACUAGCUAUAUUGUUCACUACUCAAUUGAAAAGAUCAAUUAACCAUUUGAAGUCACUGCAAAGAAGAGUAAAUGAUGUUUCUUCAAAAGUUUUUAUUACUGGUGAUGUAAAUACUGGGAAAUCUAAUUUCUGUAACUCAUUGUUAAAAAAGAAAUUGUUGCCAGAAGAUCAAUUGCCAUGUACAAAUGUUUUCUGUGAGAUUUUAGAACCAAAAAAAAACCAAUGUAUCGAGGAGGUUCAUGCUAUAAGAUGCGAUGUCGCUAAUACAGUUAAGGAUGCUUUCUUGAAGUAUGAUAUUACAGAUUCUUCGAACUAUGAGGUACUCCAUUUAGAUAAACUUCAUGAUUUAGUCCUUCUAAGUGAAAACUCUGCGUUACUAAGGAUUUGUAUUAAAGAUGAUACAAGACCCGCUGAACAAAGUUUAUGA